UAUGUAAUAUUUCCCUUCGCUAUUGCUUUCCACGUUUGGAAAUUUUAGCUGCUCUUCGUUCGGAAAAUUUGCAGUUAUUUUCGCCUUCAACUACCUAUCGUCUGUCGGAUAAUUACAAUUCAAUCAUGGUAUGUACUUUAGAAUUAGCAACGAUCGCCAAUUUGUAUUUGUUUGAUAAUUAUUAUUUUUCGUUGACCAGAAGUAAAGAAAUGAACAUCUUUCGCCGUAACAACGUUGUUUUGUGUCGUGCUUUAGCGUUCGCUUCUAUUAUAAUUAAUCUUAUAAACGUUUUGUUUUCCAACUGUUUAUUAAUGUCGUGAUAAUAUUUUUCACCCAAAAUUAAAAAUUAAAAAACUGGUCUCUGGUGUGAACGAUCUAAAAUGCCUGUUAUUUUUGCAUAGAUGUUUUUCUAUUCGUUAUCAUAAUGUUCUUCUAGCAACGUUCUUGUAUAACUUUAAUCUUGAUUAAGUACCUCACGCUUAAAAACGAUCAUAAAUGUAUUAUAGAAAUUGAUAUGCACAGUUCCUUAGGUUAUUGUAUUGUAUAGAGCCAUUUAAUUUGGUUAUUGAUUUCCAUUCCUGUCAUUAAUAUUGAUUAGCUAUAAUAUGGGAUCAAGAAUGAUAUAAAGACUAAUUCAAUUUUGGAAGUACCUAAUUUAUAAAUUUUUUUAUUUAAGUACUUAUGCCAAAUUAAGAAAAAUAGAUUACACUGAUAAAUGUUUGUCUGAUUCAAGAUUUUUAAAAAAAUAUUUAAUAAUUGUUGAUUUACAUAGGUAUGACUAUUAUUGCAAAUAUAUACAAUAUGUACAUUUGUUGUAUUAUUAAAUUUUAAACAAUUUAUUUGUGGUUACACCAAUUACUGUACCUACUAGAAGCCUGUACGAUUCUGACCAAGCAGUAAAAUAGUUGGUCCGGGUUAAGUAUUAGAUAUCAAUUAGAUUAGACUUGGCUACUCUGCAAAUCCGAUUAUCAUUGUGAAAAGUAUUUUAUUUAAACAGUUUAUGUACCUACUUUACUAAAAUUUUAAAUAAAGAAACUAUUUGAUAGGAUCUAAAAAAUAUUUUAAUAUACAUUUAAUGAUUGAUUUGUUAAUAGCACGUAGAUACUACCUACAGAGUUAUAAUGUAUAGUUAAUCCUGGAUUGGACCAAAUAACCUAACCUCGCCUAGAUCGGACUGGUUUAUAUAUUAUUUCACUAGACUGAACUGGUAUUAGGACCAGUCAAGCCUAAUUUAAAAAUUGAAUUUGAACAGAUAUGAGUUGAAGUCCAGUUGAGGCCUGUGCAGGGCUCUAAUACCUACUGGUCUUCCAACACAUUAUCACUGUGUUGUUAUAAUUUAUACAUUUUACAUCUGAUUUCAUACUAUAAAUAUUCUCGGGGGAAUAAUUUUGUAAAUAAUAUUUUUUCUCCCUCAAUAGUCUUUCCUAAGAACAACUUAAAAAUCAUAGUUAUCUGUAUCAUAAAAGUAACAUAUUGCACAGUACCUAAAUAAGAAAUUAAAUUCAUUUAUUUUUGGCUAUUAUUUAUAUUAUUUUUUUUUUUACCUGUCCAAAUUCCUAAAUUUUUACUAGUUUGUUAUUUCCCCGGCCUUAAAGGUUUUUACCUAACUCAGGUUUGCAGAAUAAUACCGAAACAAUUUUCAUGCGUCUAAAAUAUGUAUAUGGAGUGUACGAUGUUAUGAACAUAGUUUAGUCUUGAAUACUUACACCAAUUAUAAAUGCCAUUUUUCUUUAUGACAUACUCUUUUGUAACAAUGCAGCCCUUUUAAGAACAUUUCAUGAAAGUUUUCAAAUGAACAAGUCGUUAGAAUCUUAUUGAGUUAAACAUUUUCAUCUAGUAUUUAGAUGAAUACAUUUUACAAAUUUAUUUUUAAACAACUACCUAUAGAAUAAAAUUUACUGUGAUAUCACAUUCAAUGAGGAAUUUUUGCUCAUCAAAUUGUCUGAUAAAACUAAAUUCUAUCUGUAUAGGAAGUUUUUUCUAGUAUUUAAAAUUAAAUAAUAGCUAAGUUAUAACAAACUUGAGUGGCAAGGUCAUACAUUUUUACAACUUGGUAAGAUGACAACAAACCAGUACCCCAAAAUUGACUAAACUAGUAAAUAAAUGUAACUUUAAUGUGUAAUAGUCUAAAAAAAAAAAAUAUUUUUUUAUGGUUUACACUAUAAAUUUAAUUUUACUAAAUAAUAGUUUAUAUUAAUAAAAUAUAAUUUUCUAUUUGAUGUUCAAAAAUAAAAGAUAAGUUUGACUAACUUUUCUCAUAAAAAAUUUAGUAGGACAAAAGUAAAUAAUUUUUAAAUUUUGAAUGUAAAUUUUAUUGAGUUAUUUUAUUUUUUCAGGAUAUGGAAUUUAAAGAUGUUGAAACCGCCCCUACUGAUCAAAAAAGGCACAAGAUCCGUAUCACAUUGACUUCAAAGAACAUUAAAAGUUUAGAAAGCGGUAAUAUAUAGUAAAAAUUCUGUAUGUGGAUAUGUUUAAUUAAAUGAAAUUGUGUUUUGUAGUGUGUUCUGAAAUGAUUUCUGAUAUUAAGAAGAGGAAACUGCCAGUUAAAGGACCAGUACGUAUGCCAACCAAAUUCUUGCGCAUCACAACCAGAAAAACACCUUGCGGUGAAGGUUCAAAGACAUGGGAUAGAUUCCAAAUGAGAAUCCACAAGAGGGUGAUUGAUUUAAAAUGUCCCAGUGACAAAGUUAAACAGAUCACCAGUGUCAAUCUCGAACCUGGUGUAAUAGCUGAAGUUAGCAUUGCUAGCGAGUGAUGCAUUUUUUUAUAAUAUUGAUUGAUUGAUUUGUAUGGUAUGACAACUAAGAUCACGUCUAAUAAAAUUUAAAAAUUACAUCAUAUUUGUUUGUUUUCUAUAAUUAAUCUUUAAUUGGUAACAUUGGUAAACAUCAGAUCUGGUUCACAAAUAUGUUUGUAUAAAUAUGCCCAUCUCUUUACCGUGUUUAAUAAU